AUGACGGAUACAAUCUUCAAAUACCAGACCCUCAUAACGAUUUUACUCUUCGUAUCGAUAGUAAAAGCAUGGAUGCUUAGACUUACGUUCUCUAGUGACGGGGCUAAGACAACUCGGGUUCAGACAUUUGAGCAAUUAUACACAAACGGAACACAAAAGUAUCUUGGAACCCCUACCCACACAAACAAGUGUAUCGACAUAUGGACCCCGGUGAAUAAGCCAUAUGUUGACGCUCAGCAUGAAUCAGGUAUCCGCCAGGCUGCCGACAUGUCCGAUGAGUUGAUAAAAUACAGCUUCACCGAGGGCGUUUUCAAUCCCACGACCUUCAUGCUCUUUUUUUACAACGAUACAAAUUGCGAAGGACUCACUCCGAAACUUGGUGCGAAGGGACAGGAAGCCUUGUUCAAUAGAAGACUAAAUGCACCCCAUGCAGUGUAUGAUCUAUCUGGACUGUCGGGGACAACAUUGAAGAAGCCGAGGAAAGUGCAAAGUUUUUACGUUGCGACUGAUACACCACGGUAUUUAUAUAAGGCUGCGAAGGGUAACAACUUGAUGAGUAUUGCAGACUCGAGUUAG